AUGCUGUUGUUGCCGCCGCUCGCCGCCGCCUCCAGGAGGUUGCUGCUGCCACCGAUGGCAUCGUGGUCAACAACACCGACGCCCCCACCAGCGUCCACCGACGACGACAACGUUCCUCUAGCCGCUGGUGACGUCGACGUUGGUGCUGCCCUCCAUGCGCAGGCCCUCGGCAUCCUCAACGUCCGCGCCCUCGUCCCGGUCGUCCUCGAUCUCGCCGCGCCAUCCUUCUCCAAGUGGGGCUGCCUCAUGCUCCUCGCCCUUGGCAAGUACGCGCUCGCCGACCAUGCCCUUUGCGACGCCGCGUUCCCCGCCGUUCCACACUGGGUGCGGAUGGACCUCCACGUCCUGUCUUGGCUCUACGGCUCCAUCAUCGGCGACCUCUACGAGAUCGUCACGAUGAGGACUCCUUCCGCCCGUGGCGCCUGGCUCGCCCUCGAGCAACACAAGGUGCACUCUCCCCUGACGCCCCUCCUUCCCGCGCCCCUCCCUCCCCCACCUCCUCUUCCUCCACCUGGGUUGCAGGGGCUCUCACGCAAAGCCCAGAAGCCGGCGAGCAGAAAAUCUCAUUCUCCCUGGACAAAUUCGCAAAAGAGCAACGCAGGGGGAAAUCGGCCUGGUUCGUGGAUUCCUGAAGAGCAUGGAUGGGCCGUGAAAGCGGAUGACCCGAGGAAGGGGCAGCCAAGGUGUCUCGACUCGGGCUCCAUCUCCAGGGGGUGGAUCGCAGCCCAGAAGGCUGGCAACAAGUUGAACGAGGUAGGGUUUCCUCCUGAUCUUAUUGGUGCUCGAUCCCCAGAACACCUGUCCGUGCUUCUAGCUUCGCUGUGGGCGCUGCCUACCCACAAGCGGGAGAGUUUCUCUGGAGGGUGGCGAUCCAUCCCUUUCCGCCCGCCAGACUUUGGUCCUCAGCCAGGAGGGGGAGGGGGAGGGGGUGAGCUCGCUGGGGAAACUUCAGAGAAGAUGGACCCAAGGCUGAAACCCUCACAGUGGGAUCGGUGGAACUCUAAGGAGGCGAGGAAUCCACCCAAUGCUUGGGGAAGACACCGCAAUAUGAGCUGGCGACUCCGACCCUCACACGUGAAAUCUGAGGGAGAGGUGAUUGGAUCAUCAUCUGGUGACAUGAAUAACCCAGGUAACUCUAAAUCCCCGACUCUCCCUGGGAUGCUGGAGGUAGAAGGAAGUCGUCGCACAUUCUGCCAAAAAUGCGGUGAUGAAGGUCAUCAUGCCAGAGAUUGUUCUAGGGCUUUGUGGUGUGAUAUCUGCAUGAAAGAGACUCAUGUAACUGCGAAAUGUGUGUGGCCAAGACAGAACAAACCUAUUAUGCCAUUAGUGGGAAUGGCAGCAGAUGGUUUGAGUUUUUACUCCUCUCAGUUUGGAAAGAACAUUUCCAAAAAACCAAAGAGGAGCCUGUUGGGAUUAGUCAAAAUUGUGGAGGGGAUUGUGUCUGCUGGUGAUCUGGAGAGGGAUUUUAGCUUCCAUUUCCCAUGGGGACGACCCUGGAAAGCUGAUAAGUGUCAUCUUGGUUUCCUGAUGCAAUUCCCAUCACAGGACAGGCUUGAUGAACUGACCAACUUUACUGAGUUGAAGAUGAAGAUUUCAGGGGUUAAGAUUGUAGUAACUGUGUGGAACUCUCAGGUUUUGGCUAAAUCCAGAUUGCACUCAGUUUGGAUUAAGGCCGAUAAUGUGCCUGAAGAAUUGUUGAACUAUCAAGCCAUAUGUGAGUUGGGUUCGGUUUUAGGAGCUGUGGAAGAAGUGGAUCUGGCCGCUCUGAAAUCCAAUGACAUGGUUAGAUUUAAAGUGCAUGUGAAGAGCGUCGCGAGGAUUCCACCUGUCAUUGAGAUAGGAGUCAAGCAUCUCUUAUAUGACAUUUAUUUUAAGGUGGAAAAGGUAGAAACUGAAGGAUGGAAUGAGGAAGAAGCUAGUAUGAGAAAGAGAUCUUCUGUUGAUUUACAGCCGAACGAGUUCGGUUUGGGUGACAAUGGAGGGAAAAAACCCAAAAGUGAUAUUCAUGAAAGUGGGAAGGUCCCUCUGAUUCCUGUAAAUCAGAAAACAUCUUCCUCUGAGUUUAAAGAAGCAAUGUUUGCUACAGAUCCACAAACCAAUGAAUGUGACAAAUGCAAUGAAGAGGGGGAAAAUCUGGGGGAUGAAAACAAUGAGAAGGUAGACUUUGAAGACAGUGAUGAAGACCUUCUUAGUUCCCAAGAGCUUAACAACUUUGUGAAAGGAAUGGGUGUUGAGAUAGCGGAUGAGCAGGAAUUGGAGAUGGAUGAGGGUGAACUCCUCAAAGUUCAAGAUGAGCAACAAACUGGUAAGGAUAAAAAAGGUAAAGCCAAGUUGGUAGAUCAAGUUGAAGGCACAAGGAAAAGUAGCAGACUGGAGGCAAAUGAAGAUAUCAGGAUUACGGACAAAGCCAUCAACAGAGCUGAAGCGAAGGAUGCCUUCUUGAACAUAGAAAAAAUCGGCAAGAAGGAUGCUGGAGGAAAGAAGCAAUCAUAUCAGAAAAAUGGCUAGUGAGUUCUUCAGUCGAGCUUGGGGAUGGUCUCCAGUUGACAGGAGGCUGACGCAGUGAUCGGUUGAGUGGGGGAUCCUUUUUGGCGAUGAUGCUUCUUUCUGUUCUUGAACCUAGAGACUCUUUUGGCUAUUAUAUCAGGAUGUCGGUCUGUAAUAAUGUCUUGGUUAAACCCCCUUUCUUGUCUUAGUCGUCUUGGUUUGGCAAUAGAUUUUGGGUCAGGUCUGAUCAUAGAUGUUGCUGGAUUAGUUGCUGAGCUUUUGUUGCCAAUGGCUUGUUUUGGCUAAGACAUUUCUGGUGUGUGUCUGUAUGUGUUUCCUGUUUCUUAAUGAAAUAGGGGGGGAAACCCCUUUUCGUCAAAAAAA